CUGUCUUUCUAUCAGUUGAGUAAGUUGUGAAUAUCGGUAGCUACAUGUACAUCUAGUGCUGAAGUAACUGGGAGUUGUCAUUAGUUUUGCAGAUGUGGAAAAUUGAAAUAAUCCGCAAAACACUGUAGUGAUGCUCAAAAGGCUGCGCAAUAACAUAUCGACUGUAAUCAGUGACCGCGCCGCUCCGCCGGAAUAUUGGACGUUCGUUCUUUGAAGAUCGUAUAAGAUUAUAUUUCUGUUCGAUGCGCUCUCGACUUCACUUCUCUUCCGAUAUUCGAACAGUUCGGAAAGGCAAGGCCUAGUGAUUUUCUGCUUAAUAAAAUUAUUGAAGUAGACAAGUUUAACUGGGUGUGAAGAGUAAAACUAAUUGAACCUGCACUAAACUGAUAGGCCUACAGUGAUUUAGAUGUGAAAGACGCUGACUUGACGGUAAUUUUACUGGAUAAUCGUUUCGGAAAAUACAAAUCAUGCCUGAUUUUCCUCUGUUCAUUGAUCAUUAAUCAAUCGAGAACUCGAAGCAAUAUACUCUUCAUUUGAUUGAAUAUGCCAGUUAACUACAACAGUGUCUGUAGAAGCCGUAUACCUACUAUCUUUACUUAUCAUGCCAUUGGUCACUUUGUCUUGUCUUUGAAAUGUUUAUAUUCGACAUAUAAACACAACCUUUCUCAAUUGGGUUUGCUAUUUUGGAACUAAGCAAUAUAUUUCAAGCGAAACACGAAUCAAUUUCAAUUAUAACUCCCUUGUUAAGUCUCUGUGAAGGCGUGAAGUCACAAUUAUUUUAUAUAAUUACAGUUCAUGCUUGUAACGACAAUAAAUGUGUGAUUCUUAGUAUCUAUUGGAUCAAGUAUGGAAGGCGACAAUUCACCUGGACAAAGUUUAAGUUCUUUUAUGUCCUAUGAUUCGGUCAACGACACAAUGGAAAUGGACCUCGAUUGGCUAUCAAAAUAUACACUGCCGAUGAUUUACUCCAUCAUCGCCAUAAUUGGGCUUACAGCAAAUGGAUUAGUUAUCUUCAUUAUACUGAGAUUCCAGAAUAUGCGAACUAUACCUAAUAUUUACAUAUUCAACUUGGCGCUAUUUGAUUUCGGGUUUCUUUGCAGUUUACCGUUUCAUGCAUAUUACUCAGUAAAAAACUGGCCCUUUGGUCAUGUCGCAUGUAUACUAAUGGUUGGAAUUGAUGGUAUGAAUCAGUUUGGGAGUGUUUACAUCGUCACAGCUAUGAGCAUUGAUCGAUAUUUUGCGAUAUGUUUCCCGCUGUCUUCGAUGCAAUACCGUACGCGCAAGUUUGCAAAGAUUAUAUGUGUGGCAAUGUGGAUCUUAUCUUUCAUACUUAGCUUACCGAGUUCGAUUUAUGCCAGAAUCCAUGAAAAUGAUUACGGAGUGUUUUGUUUUAUUUCUUAUCCAGAUAAUUUUUUCUUAGACAAUACACACUUUACUAUUUACUCUCUUUUAUUGGGAUUUUUAAUUCCGGUCAAAAUCAUAUUUUUCUGCUACUCCACACUUCUCUAUAAAAUGCGGAGUCGGAAUUUCCCUGCUGGCUCAGAUAUGGCAAGUGGAGCACAUCGUGCGUCCAAACGUGUUACCGUGUUGACGAUGUCAGUCGUUGUUGGUUUUAUUAUAUGCUGGACUCCGUAUUAUACGACUCAAUUUGUCAGGUUACUUAACAAAGACAGUGUACAGAGCAAAGCAUUUAAUAUUAUCGACGCAUUAUCUAAAAGUGCCUGUUAUUCAAACAGUUGUAUCAAUCCGUUUAUAUACACAUUUGUCGGUGAAAACUUUAAAAAACACUUUUCUGAACUGUUUCCUUGUGUAAAACCCUCUUCACCGUUUUCUCGUUUUCAGCCAGCACGAGAAAGUACCCAGAGCACCUUGUAUUCUCGAGGAAAUUUACUUGGUUCUUCAGCUAUAAUUAACCAGCAUGGAAGUUUGGCUGGCAGUGCGGUACCAAGUAACUCCUCAUCAGUAAACGUUGCACUCGAUUCAAUCCCAUGCAACGAACCUUUGCGUGUGUACAACUCAAACUCUCAAACCUUUGUGUUUGGCAGUAAAAUUGUCGAAGAAAACGAGAUCCCAGAAAUAACGGAGCCUAAUUCGAGCGAAAAUGAUAUGAAAUCUUUAGAAGUUUUGCCAAGUACUGACAUGGACUCAAAAUCGGUGGCUGAGCAGUAAGCCCAGGUGUUUUCAUCAACGAGGUUGUUUUUCAAACUUGUGAAGAAAAUUAAACGCUAAUGAUUCUUGCUUAUUUCAGUCGAUUACUUGGCCGUUCCGCCACACAUACGCAGUUGUCGCUCUACACGUCUUGUUGAAUGUAUGAAAGUAAAACUUCAUCCUGAAUAACAGGCCUGUCAACAUUACAAAUAUCUUGUUAAUAACAACAUAAUAUAAUGUUGAAACCCGAAAGGCGUUUCAUACAUUGUUUCUAGAUAGUCAAACCAGGCAUUGCGCUUGACACCGAGUAAAGCUACAUUUACACUAAACACGAUAACGACACGACAAUAUCAUCGCUGUCGUAUAUUCUUCAACACUGAACCCAUUUUAUCGUGCCGUUGUCGUGUCGUUAUCGUAUCUAGUGUAAACGUAGCUUUAGACGUUGGUAACAUAACAUGGCAAAACAGCUCUAUUGUCAACCUUAAAUUUGUCUACUGCUGUACCUAACUAUUCCAAAUAAGGAUAGGCCUAUUCCUACGUUUUGUAUGCUGAUGGCGCGUGUAUAUUGUACAUUCAAAAAAUGAAGGAUUACCUGUUUAGGAACGGAACCUAAUAUAUUAAUAUGAGUUACUGCGAACACAGUAUUAGUAGUGUGGUUGGUUUUUGAUCAACCUUAUUGUGGGAAUUCGAAUCCCUUGUGCAUUUGUCUUUGGGCUAGGCACGUCGUUUGUUUCUUCAGGUGUAUACAUUGGUACCGGUAUAAUAAUAUAUACUGGAAGGGUAAAACGGACUCCUCUGUUUAAGGGGAUUGGCAAACUUACACUUUUUAUUUUAAAAAUUUAAAAUUUAUGACGUAAGAUUAUUCCUUUUAAUUUUCGUAAGAUUGUGAACCUAACAAUAGUUUCCAUACAUUUAAGAUCAACUACAAAUGGUAGAAAAUUCUAUAUUUUGUAAAGAGGACAAUAGACUAAAUUGUCCCGCUGAGGUUGGGAUCAAGCGGCAAAACUGGUUUAUGAUUUUAUAUGAUAUCGAUUUCUAAGGAGAAUAUCUGUGAAAAAUACUGUAGCAAAUUUCAAUAAAACAUAUUUUAAAUGGAUUUGGCCAUUUAUAAACAACCAAAUUUUUUACUUUUUUUGACCGACUCAAAUGACAUUUAAAAAAAAAUGUUUAAGGUGCAUAGUUAUGGUUGUCUUAAUAGACCUACUGGGAUCUGAAAAAAAAAAUCUUUUCCCUACCACCUGGAAUAUUCGCGGAUGCAAACGUUGUUAGUAAACGCGUUACUCACAUUAUUAUGUAGGUGGGCCUACAUAUUGAUCGUUAUAAUUUCAAUUUGAGUAGGCCUGGUCAUCUUUAAAUGACAAAAUCUAUAUACAUGAUACUAUAAUGUGUUUAUGGAGUCUAGAGUUUACUACUCCCUUUAUGAAAUGAAUCUCUCUGUCUAAUAUAUGAAAACAUCGUCUUCAUUAUUGCGAGGGAAAGGAUAAUAAUUGAGCAAGUAUAGAAUUAAGGAGUAGUGCGUGCAGAAAAUUAACGAAAUACGACUAGGAAAAUGGCAAAUUAUUAACUAUUGUCUAUGAACUGUGUUUGAAACUAGAUAUCAUUUAUUGUUCUUUUGCAUUGUUGACAAAAAGUACGGUAGUUAAAGUGUGUUUCUAAUGACUGACGACGUAGCUAGUUCGGGCUUACAUUAAACCAGUGAGUCAUGGUGUGCGGGUAUAUGAUAUAACGCACUGUAUUAUCAUGCCUAUCAUAGCCUAUGAUAGCCUAUCAUGGGAUGGAAAGUUAAGGAUAUUUUUUCAACAGUCAUUGAUGAUUAAUGUGAUGUAAAAUAUUAUAAUGACGUCAUCUGCUAAGGUAGCCAAUUUAAUGAUAGCCUAGACAUUGUAUAUCGCACGCACGGACUGCAAAUUUCUAAAGCAUGCCUGCACAUCAUAAAUGUAAAUAAUAUAAGUAUGUUAUCAUUGAGUAAAUGUAUUAAGCUUAUCAAUAUGCGUCUACCGAUUAAUUAUUGUGAAAUUCAAAUAUAUAGGCUACAGUAAUAUUCAAGAUAGUAUUCAUUUUUUAAAUUAUCUCACACACAAUUAAAUCAACAAUAUGCCCCAGGCUUUAUAAUAUUUUCCAUCUAGGCUGCCAUUUACGUCCAUUACUGCAUCAAAUCGAUUGUUUGUCACGGUGUUCAGAAGGCAGAGUAGAACAGGUUCACUGUUAGUUAUAGAUAAACCACGUAUAUUGGCCUACUCACAUUAAGCUGUAAUAUAAAAAUGAUCCCGGGCUCGAAUCCCCUUUGGGAAAACUUGUUCACAUUCACAAAAAAACACUUUUCCGAACAUUUUCCUUGUGUAAACCCUCUUCACCGUUUGCUCGUUUUCAGCCAGCACGA